ACGCGGGGCGCCAGUCGCUGCGGUGGCCGCGGGCGGGCGGUUGCAGGUGGAGAAACCAAGACUCAGAGAUUCCAAGCCAGGGGCCUCGGGGCUCACAGCCAAAGGAAGCAGAGCCAGAAGCACACCCAGUUCCCCAGAACCCAGCAUGGGGCCUGGCCCGUAAAGUCCAGAUGGCUUUGUACAGUUGCCAGCAGACUGGGCAACCUGCAGAGUUCUACUUUCUCCACGUUGCUUAAUAGCACCAAGAGAACAGGCCUGCAUUUCUACAGACCUCAGAACUGCCUUUCCUCCUGACAGCCUGCUGCCUGCAUAGUAUCUGUUCCAGAUCCAGAGACACCGGGAAAAUGGCCACCUCGGACGGAAAGGCUGUCACCCGCCGGCCCAGGGUGGCUCCUGCUGAGAGGAUGAGCAAGUUCUUGAAGCACUUCACUGUUGUUGGAGAUGACUACCACUCCUGGAACAUCAACUACAAGAAAUGGGAGAACGAAGAGGAGGAGGAGGAGGAGGAGCAGCCGUCACCCAUGCCCGCCUCCGGCGAGGAGGGCAGGGCCCCCGACCCAGCUGCCACCCCCGUGCCGGCUCCCAGGCCCCUCCUUGACUUCAGGACCACGCUGAGGAAGCUCUUCAGCUCCCACCGGUUUCAGGUGAUCAUCAUUUGCCUGGUGGUUCUGGAUGCCCUCCUGGUGCUCGCUGAGCUCAUCCUGGACCUGAAGAUCAUCCAGCCCGACGAGAAUAAGUACGCCGUCCAGGUGUUCCACUACUUGAGCAUUGUCAUCUUGACCUUUUUCAUGAUGGAGAUUUUCUUCAAAAUAUUCGUCUUCCGCCUGGAGUUCUUCCACCACAAGUUUGAAAUCCUGGACGCCAUCGUGGUGGUGGUGUCCUUUGUGCUCGACAUUGUCCUCCUGUUCCGGGAGCAUGAGUUUGAGGCUCUUGGCCUGUUGAUUCUGCUCCGGCUGUGGCGGGUGGCCCGGAUCAUCAAUGGGAUAAUUAUCUCUGUUAAGACACGUUCCGAACGGCAACUGUUGAGGUUAAAACAGAUAAAUAUGCAACUGGCCGCCAAGAUCCAACACCUGGAGUUCAGCUGCACGGAGAAGGAACAAGAAAUUGAAAGACUUAACAAGCUGUUGAGACAGCAUGGACUUCUCGGUGACGUGAACUAGACCCGGAGCUGCAGAGCCUUGUGCCCGUGGCAGCGAGACCACGGUCCUCCUGCGCGGCCAGGGGAGAGGGCUGGCUGCGCCUCUGCCUCCCUCCCGGCCUCUUCCCUGACAGGAAGCGCGCUGGGGACAGCGAGCUGGUCCAGCCUGGCCCCGCCCCACGCCGUGUAACAAAUGUAUCAUAAACUCUAUUUUCUCAUGUUAAACAUUUUACUCUUGCUUGAAGAUAAACAGGAAAACUGGACAGAUACCAGUUGUAUAUAAAAUGUCAUUUCAUCUGUAAUUUGCAAAUUUUGCAUGUGCAUUGAGGAGCCAGCGCAUUCCUGAAACACACAAGAAAAAAGUUGCCAGCCCAUUCUAGAGAAGUCUUUCAUAUUGCAGAACUGUUCUAAACAGCUUCUCAGUUUCCCCCAGGAAGGUUGUUCUCAGGUUCCCAGGCCUCUCCUCUGCCUCAGCCAGCAGAGCUGGCUCCACCUAGCUCUGCCACCUGACAGCAUUUUUCUCAAUUACUGUACAAUUAAUGUAUAAAAUAAACUCUCGCCUUCCCUCGGGCCCUCCCACUAUAUUCUUUCCAGCUUCAGCUGCUCUGCGGCAUCGCAGCCCGGCCCACUAGUUGGAAAGUGAGCCCCAGCGCCUGGCACAGAAAUGGCAAUUAGAGCGGGACCCACUGUAAUUAACACGACACUGGGGAAGCGCCCCUCACGAGGGCCUAUCCAUGUGUGAUUUUGUGCGAUAUCUUGCUAUUCUUGUACUCAUUUCAGAAAAUCCUGAAAAGAAAACCUGAACUAAAAACAUUAUUUUUUGAGUACCUUGCAUUAAAGCGGGGAAUGAGGAGACUGGAUACACUUCAAGACCAGCCCCUUUCCUGCCCCUGUCACGUCACCAUGAGACGCCACAUACAGCCCAGGCAUCGAGGGCGCUGCAUGACCAGGACCAGAUGCUGCCCCUUCUACGUCAAAUCAAGUAGAAGAACAUUUCUCAAAGGACAACGGGGAGGAGGGAGGGGAGGUGUACUGUCAGGGGGCUACCUCUUCGGGUGAUAUCUCCAGGGGCCCCGGGGCUACACUCGCACUCCCUUCUAGAGACAUAGCACCAGGGACUUACCUCAAACAAACGGGAAGAAGAAGUGAAAGGGCAGCUUGGCGUUGAUGGUCGGCCGAGCUCUGAAGCCGGGCUCCGCAGGCGCAGACACAUCCGUAAAAGUAACCGCCGUGGAAAUAAGAACCAUCCUCUCCUUUCCUGAGUCGGUCUGAAACAAGGUCAUUGGCACAGGGUCGCAGAAGCCAGAUCAGCUUUCAUUCUCCUCGACCACUGCCACCCUGUGAAGCCCAUCAGCUCCUCUGCCAUUAACUCGCAUGAGAGAGAUGGUUUUUACCCUGUUUUCCUACUGCGUCACUAGCAACCACAACUCAGUUUUCCCAAGGAUUUGAAAGAUCAGAUCUAAACGAGAAUGUUCAUGUGAAUAAAACCAUUGUCAGGGAGAUUUUUUCCUCUGAAGAUAAUGACUGCUAACUUUUUGAAAGAAUCCAGAUUGUUUAUCUUUUAAUUCUCUUUCACAACAUAAUAAAUUUUACCUGUCACACCUGAGUUUUAUCUGGACUUGUAUCUCAGCCUAUUCCUUUAAACCAGAGUUAGACCUCACCUCAGGCAAUGAGGAUGAAAUCAGAUUCGCAGUCACGUUCACGAUCUUAGCCUGUGGGUUCAGUAAGGACCCAUAUUUAGUCCACUUCACCUCUAUCACCAAAGCCACUGGGAGCUGGCAGUAACCCUGCAAAAUGAAAUGCCAUUAAUCAAUUUGAAAAUUACACAAUCGCAAGUCAAACUUAAGCUGCAGUUCAG